GCAUGGCCAGCUGCGUUAUCAGUUGAUCAAAGGCAGCCUGUUGAUGUAGCAGCAGCAAACAUCGCCAUCAUUGAUCGAAGUAACGUUGAGCUUCGCGAUCAUGGCAAAUAAUUGGCUGACAUCGGGCUACGGCCUGUUCUUUGGUACGUUGAUGCUGCUGGCAACUCUCGAGAUGGCCAAGAGCGAACACUAUAAGGCCUAUAAAAAAAGAAGCUUGUCGGAAUCAGAGGUCACCACCUUAAUUCCACCGUACGACGAGCGUGAGUGUGGCCAUCGUAACGUCAACGGAAUUAUUCCCGAUAACGCCCAUAACGAGCACGGUGAAGCCGAAUUCGGCGAGUUCCCCUGGACGGCCGCGAUCUACCGCCGGACGGAUCAGCUUCGGCUCGAUUACCUGUGCGUCGGAACACUGAUCGAAGUGGGCGCAGUUUUAACCACGGCCAGCUGCAUACAGAAACACCGGGCGUACAAACACAACAUAGAGGUGCGGCUGGGCGAAUGGGACAUGAGCCGUGAGGACGAACCGAUACCGCCGAUCGAGAGGGGGGUAACAGCGGUACAUGUCCACCCGCAGUACGGUUCAACCACCAAAGUUAACGAUAUUGCGAUAAUUAUCCUGUGUGAUACGGUCGAGUUGUCGCACACGAUCGGAGUGGCCUGUUUACCGGACGCAUCGGUGAACAGCAACAACUUCGUCGCAGUCGGUUGGGGUGAGGUGCCUAAAAAUGCUGACCAAACGGAACUGUCUCAAACGGUACUGAAAAAGGACAAUAUGCCGUUCAUCGAUGGGAAGACAUGCCAGCAGAAAAUAAGAUCCGUGAUCUCACCUCGGUACAUCCUGCACGACAGUUUAAUUUGCACAGAGUGUAGUUCACCGGAAAGUUCGUCCUACCGAAGUGACGCCGGUUCACCGUACAUGGCAGGGAUACCGGGAACAGAGGAGCGCUACUACGUCGUUGGUCUCAGCUCGUGGGGCUACACAUGUGGUAGAAGCGAUAUGCCAACUGUGCUCACUAAUGUUAGUUACCAUCGCCAGUGGAUCGAUGAUGUCGUCCGUAAGGCGGAUCUCAGCCCGUUGGUCUAUACGUAUUAUCGUCAAGAAGAGGAUGAAUAAAAGGCAAUGUGCGCUCUACAUACGUUAGUUUUUGUACGCUGAAUAAAUGCUACAGAUUCUC